AUGGCUGGUGGAAGAGCUGCUCGGCUGUGGACAAGGAUUCUUCACCAAUGUUUUGGUGAACGAGCACCUGGGCAGACCCUUGAGAUGAUGCUGCUCAAGUUGAUCAUGCGAGGCUACCGGAACCAAAUGAGCAACUCUGAAUUGCAUCAUUUCUGUGAAUGCUUUUCAGGAGUGGGAAACAUCACACGGGAGCUGCUUCGAGCUGGCUUUAAAGGGUCGGCCUUCGACAGUGAGUAUACAGCUGACCACAACUUGCUAGACUCUUCUGGGUUCGAACUUGUCCUCAACUGCUUGACUGCACUUCGACGUCAUGCUCUGCUGAUCACAGAUUUGGAAUGCCCACGACCGGCAGCUGGUGGAGGUGAAUUACUUGUGCGUAGAGACGGCGAUGCUUUCACCGGAAACAAGGACAAUUUAGUUUUGUCGCAAGUUUACACACGCUCCUUCGGCAGAGCUGUAGCUCGCAUUUGCCGAGAUGAGUGGGGCAGCCACCGGGAGCCGGUGCGUGAGGUCCAGGAGUGGUGGAAGCUCGACGAGAGUUCCAGUCGUGCCAAAGACAUUCGUAAAAAACUCACCGGCUGGCGAAAUUCCUUGUCUUUUCAAGAAAAGGCAAAACUUCAUAUGGCCAGAGCAUUGAUCAUGAACCCUGAGAUCUUGAUUUUGGAGAAGCCCUUAAUGAAUUUAGAUGAGGCGGAGUCUGAACGGGUCAUGACCGUCCUCCGUGAGUAUGUUUCCAAUCGCGGCGUUGCGAUGUCCAGUGAGAGCCGAGACAUGCGAAGGCUGCUGGCAGUUGGGGGAUGCUGA